AUAUAUAAGUCCUCCAGUUACCAACCCAAGCCACGACAACAUUCUACUGUCAUCUCUUACCACAACUUAGUCAACAAGCAGUGGCUUUAUACACAGGGCAUUGAAUCAAGUCAUUUCAGUUUUAUUAGAAUGGAGUACCAAAAAGCAUCAGAGAUUAACGGCGUCUGCAAUGGAAAAAUUGUUACAGAAUAUCUCAACGGGUUCAGUGAAACAUCCAUAGAGGCAAAAAAAGCUGAAUUGAUGGGCAAGGAGGAGAAGUCCCACAAGGAGUCAGAGGAUGUGUGCAAGAUAUCUGCCAUUGAAGGAGCCUACGGCAUCGUGCUUCGAGAACUGGGAGAAGACGUGGAACGUGAGGGUCUACUGCGCACACCAUUACGCGCGGCCAAAGCAAUGCAGUUCCUCACCAAAGGUUAUCACGAGACAGUAAAUGGUGAGAGCAUUGACUGUCCUGCAUAAAUAGUUGUAAAUGUGUUUAAUUUAUUCUAAAAGAUAUGAUAGAUAAUGAGGGAGAUUGUUCUCCUUGUCGUUAGAACAUCACAAUCUUAAAAUGUCCUGUUCUUUACAGUUGUAUUAUGCAUUUAAUGUGUGGUCUUAUAUAUUUACACUAGCCUAUUUCAAACUAAUUUAGCCUUGCUCAUUCCUCAGGCUGUACUGACAACACAGCUACAGUGAAAGUUGAUAUGUGUGUACAAUUCAUUUAGCUUUGGAGAUAUCAGACCUCCACUGUUAUUUUAAACAUUACUGGAAACAACCAUAGACACAUACAUCAUUGGAAGCAAAAAAGUGUAAUUCAGAUUUUGACUAGCUAUUCAUUUUGAGUUUUCAUUGUAUUCUAUAGGGUCCAUCAUCAGGUCACAUUCUAUUUGCUGCAAUGAGCGUGGUCCAUUACUUUAGAUUUUCCUUAUGACACUCUGCUAAUUGAGAUCGCAAGUAGCGAAAACUCAUUAUGGAUACAAAGCUGCAAUCUGGAGUUGGGUAAAACAAUUGUUCCACUUGUCUCUCUUACCUCUUCUUCCUCAGACAUCCUGAACAAUGCCAUUUUUGACGAGAACCACAACGAGAUGGUGAUCGUGAAGGACAUUGAAAUGUUCUCUCUCUGUGAGCACCAUCUCGUGCCCUUCUUUGGCAAGGUGAAAACCAAUGAAGUAUAAUGAAGCCACGAAGCCGUACAUGUGUAUUAUUUGGACUUACAUAGCAGCAGUUUGGAUAAUUUGAUACAUAUAACACUCAGAACAUCCCUUGUUGAAUUAUUUUGUUGAAAUUCUGCUAAUGUCAAUGAUAAAUGGUUAAAAAAAUCAAUAAUUCAGAAAUUAUUGAUUAUUGAAUUUGCUACUGUAUGCUUUGUUUCACCACAACAGGUUCACAUUGGAUAUCUUCCAAACAAUAAAGUGGUUGGUCUGAGCAAGCUGGCAAGGUCAGUGAUCAUAUUCAUUUGCUAUGAUAUUCACAAAGAUAUGCACACAUGCACGCACACACACACAGACAUGCGCACGCACGCAUGCACACAGACACAGACACAUGCGCAGACAUGCACAUUCUGAGUUACUUGGUACUGUACUAACUUCCCCUUUUAUUGCUUCAUUUAUUUCAGGAUUGUUGAAAUCUUCAGCAGGAGGCUUCAAGGCAAGUAUCCUUUGGUCUUUUGGCAGAUCAUUCGGUAUUACUAUCUCUGAGCAGCUUGCUGAGAGAGUCUGUGGGUUUGAAUGUAUCAAGAGUAUUAACCUCUGUUCCUUGUUUGUUGUUCCCUCUACAGUGCAGGAACGCCUGACCAAGCAGAUCGCUACAGCAAUCUCAGAGGCCUUAGAGCCUGCAGGCGUAGCAGUCGUCAUUGAGGCAGCGUGAGUGUCUUUUUACUAUGUAUUAUGUGUCUUGUACAUGUGUAUUACAUGUGAACUACAUUGUAUUGCUCCAUAUAUGUAUAUGCAGAACUAAUGCAAACCUAUGCUACACCAACUGUGUCAAGUAUUAUGUCAUGGCUGACAGGAUGUUGUUAAGCCCACCUAUGUUAGAUCAAUUCAUUCAAUUAAUCAAAGAGUUGUUUUUAAGAGUGCACCAGUUUAUUUAUCUGUUUUUAUUAUAACAACUGAGUUUGGACCAUUGUAUUGUGUGUUUCAGUCAUAUGUGCAUGGUGAUGAGGGGUGUGCAGAAGAUGAACAGCAAGACCGUGACAAGCGCCAUGCUGGGACUCUUCCAAGAGGAUCCCAAGACCCGGGAAGAGUUCCUGGCUCUGAUAAAAAACAACUGACCCACUUGGGCCAUUGUUACCUCACCCUGUCUUUCCAAGCAAAAACAGCAAUCUCUCCAGCUAUUGCCAAACAAUGCAUUUCAUUCUUUCAUUGAUCUUAGCUAAGUAUGUUCUGUGUCAGGUAGGGGCAGUUAUCUUAGUUCAUUCCAAUACGGGUGCAAGGGGGGGGGGCAACU